AUGCUCUGUCAAUAUAAAGUGCAUAGUUAUCAGUUCAUUAUGCGGAUCACAGCAUUGCUAUUUGUUUGUUUACAAAUUUUCAUUAAUAUGGAAAAUUUCGUACAAUGCUUUGAAUAUGUGCCAUCAAAUAUGCAUGCAUACUAUGGCUUAGGCCCUAGUUAUUACAAACCUAGAGACUACGAUGUAUUCAACAGGCAAUUUAAAAUGGAGAAUUUCAAUUUACCUCCGCCCUCAAUAAGCAUAUCUGCCGAUGGAUUGAUUAUUAAUGGAGCCAUCUCAGUUUCGGGGACCUUACCAUUUCUGAGCUCUGUUACGGUACAAGGAGAAUUGCCAAUGACUGGUUCGGGAGUUGUGGAAUUUAGUACUGGUAACAAUGAAGUCGCCAUAACUCGAGAGCUGCCGGGGUACGCAAAUCGUUACGGUUCUAUGUCAUUUUAUUAA